AUGAAGAGUAAAGGAACUGAGACUAACAAGAUUGCACGAAAAGUCGUUACCAGGACAACGACUCUCCAAGUAGAGCUCAAUUCUUCUAGGCUGCUGUCUCCUCUUGCACUCAUGUUUAUUGCUGUACCGUUACCUACUGUUUCGAUCGAUAGAGUCGUUGCUAUAUUGAUUGAUGAGAAGGCACUAGCAACUAAACCACUUGUCAUUCUAGAUGUUCGGCCAGAAGAACAAUUCGUUAAAGGACAUAUUAUCGGAGCUGAACACUAUCCACGAUUCCUUCUGUGCCGUGAACAUUACGAAACAGAGUCAAUGAAGAGAGUAGGUACGCAGGGAACACUGACUGUCUGUGGUCAGAUUUAUGGAGCUGGACAAGUUGUGUCAACGUUUCGUGAUAGGGGACACAAUGCAGUUCUAUUAAAAGGAGAUUUGGACAGCUGGAGAUGCAAGUACCCAGAAGGGUUAUUAACGACAGCAAAUGACAAAUCGAUUAAAUUGGAACUGUCGAAAUUAGCCGCCCAACUCGCCAUCAAUCGAAAACCAGCUUUCGAAAGAGCUGGAUUCUUGAAAGCAACGACGAGCUCGAUAAAUAGGAAUAAGGUCCGUGAAGAAAUGAGGCAAAGAAGCCAAACGAACAAACGUAGAGCUUGGAGAUGA